AAUAUCGGCUUCCUAUUGUGUGGGAAUGAGCCUCACUUCCCUCCCCUGGCCAGGUUUUGCUUCUCUGGCCCCAGAGAAAGCCAGCAAGAGGGAGGGCAGGUAGAGCAGCCAAUCAGAGCCCAGGGAAGGCACAAAACCAGUCGGUGGCUCUGGGUGGCUGCUUAGUGAGAGCAGGGUAGCCACAAAGGAGGGCCAUGGCUGAACUGCAACAGCUCCUGGAGUUUGAGAUCCCUAUGGGCCGGGAGGCCCUCCGAAGUAACCACAGCAGCCUCCUCAGAGUUGCUGACUACUGUGAAAGCAACUAUAUUCAGGCCACAGAAAAGAGGAAAGCCCUGGAGGAAACCAUGGCCUUUACUACUCAGGCCUUGGCCAGUGUGGCCUACCAGAUCAGCAACCUGGCUGGCCAUCUGCUGAGGAUGUUGGAUCUCCAGGACACUGGGCUGAGGCAGGUGGAGGCCAAUGUGAGCACACUGGACCAGAUGGUGAACAUGCACAUAGAGAAGGUUGGCCGAAGGGAGAUUGGAGCAUUGGCUGUGUUCCAGCGGCUGCCAACCAGCCAGAAGAUCAUCCCCCCUGAGAACCUGCCUGUGAUGGAGCCCUACUAUAGGAAACCUCUCAACUUUACCUGCCUGGAUGACGUUGGGCAUGGGGUCAAGGAUCUGAGCACCCAGCUGUCCAGAACUGGGACGCUCUCCCGAAAAAGCAUCAAGGCUGCAGUUGCCCCUACCUCAGGAACACUGGGUCGGGUCCCCAGAGUCCCCGAACCUGUACACCUCCCAGUCAUUCCUGAUGAAAAAGUCUCUGCAGCCUCCUCUCUGACCUCUACCAGUAGCACUGAAGGAAUCUGUGGGUUCCCUGUGGCCAAUGUGCCAGUGAUGCCCCAAGCCCCACCACUCCCUGGCUCCAUGUCCCCAAGCGCUGAAGCACGGGAGAAAUCUCUUCCUGAGGAGCUGCUCACACCCCAGACAGCAGCAGAUCUGCCCCCACCCCUAGACCUGCCCCCACCCUUGGAGACUGAUGAACUGAUGCUACCACCUCCUCCACCCCCUGACUUUGAUCUAGAAGAACCAACCUGGGCUCCUGCUCAGUACUUGGAGAAAGUGGUGACGUUGUACCCUUACACCUGCCAGAAAGACAACGAGCUCUCUUUUGAUGUGGGCACCACCAUCUGUGUCACCCGACGCUACUCGGAUGGUUGGUGUGAGGGUGUCACCUCAGCGGGUUCUGGCUUCUUCCCUGGAAACUACGUGGAACCAAGCUACUAAUAGCCUGUCCUUCAUACCACCUGGGAAUUCUGGUACCAAAAAAGGGACAAAGUGAUGCGUUUAUCUACCUUUCCCUUGUGCCCUUUUCCCAAUAUUCCUGGAGACAAGUUGGGGCAAAUAAAGGGAAAGAGAAACUCAGUAGUUAAGACAAAAACAGAAAUCAGGCAUCAGCUCCAAAAGAUCCCAAGUAAGACUGAACUUUUUUUUUUUGGUCUUAUGGGCUGUGGUGGAAUUAUAUUGGGUGGGGUGGGAGGUUAGGGAGAUGGAGAGGCAAGAACAAGGGAUGGUGCUAGCAGAUGUUUUGUCAGUGGGUGAGAAUUAUGGUCCAAAAUUUGGUAAUCAUGUCUCCAAGAAUGGAGAUUAUUUCCCAUCCCAUUUUGAAUAAAAGUCUUGACUGUUCCUGCUUGGGGACGAGAGUAUAAAA